GAAAUUUUAUUUAUUCUUCGUUAAGUUGGUGCGGCAUGAGCACGUUUUCUGAUAUCAAGAAAAUACAUGCGGUGUUUUGUUACGCGUUUGCAUAUUUUAAAUUUUUUAGAUACUUAAACCCAUAACUCGAUCUUGUUUAUUAUAAUUUGAAGUUAUUUUAUAUAUAUUACAUAAUAAUGUCUGCUAAUGAUUCUCCUGCAACUGAGGGUCAGUUAGUGGGUAUAGGAAACCCACUUUUGGACAUAUCAGCUAUAGUGGAUGAGGACUUGCUCAAGAAAUAUGAUCUACAUCCAGAUGACGCUAUCAUGGCUGAAGAGAAACACAUGCCCUUAUACAAAGAGCUUACUGAGAAAUACAAUGCCGAGUAUAUCGCUGGUGGCAGUGUCCAAAACACACUGAGAGUAGCUCAAUGGAUUUUUAAGAAACCGAAUGUAUGCACAUACUUCGGUUGUGUCGGAAACGAUAAUUAUGCAACGAUCCUAAGAAACAAAGCCGAAGCGGAGGGUGUGACGGUUCACUACCAGACAUCAUCGGCGGCUCCGACGGGGACCUGCGCUGUCCUGGUGACAGGAACCCACCGCUCGCUCUGCGCCAACCUUGCAGCCGCUCAACACUUCACGCCUGACUUCCUGAAAACACCGGAAUGCCAGAAGAGCAUAGACAAAGCUAAAUUCUUUUAUGCAUCGGGUUUCUUCGUGGCCGUGUCUCCCGAGUCCAUAAUGUUACUCUGUGAACACGCUCACAAUAAAGGCCACACGUUCGUCAUGAACCUGAGCGCUCCGUUCGUCUCUCAGUUCUACAAGGACCCCUUGGAGAAACUCCUGCCGUAUGUGGACGUCAUGUUCGGAAAUGAAUCGGAAGCAGAGGCAUUCGCGAAAGCCUUCGGCAUAAAAGCUACGGACUUGAAGUCUAUAGCUCUAGAAAUGGCUGCAAUGCAAAAACUCAAUAAGAAUAGGCAGCGUGUUGUCGUGAUAACUCAGGGCAAAGAUCCGGUUAUACUGGUGGAAGGGACGAAGGUCACUAUGGUCCCCGUCACGGAGCUGUCCAGGGAACAGAUAGUGGACACCAACGGUGCUGGUGAUGCUUUCACAGGCGGUUUCCUUAGCCAAAUGGUGUUCGGCAAGUCCUGGGAGACAUGCAUCAAGUGCGGCAUCUACACAGCGACACACAUCAUACAACAUUCAGGUUGCACGUUCAGUGGUGAUAGCAACUUUAAGGAGUGAAAAGUGACAAUAAAAUAUAGAAGAAUUUAUCACAUUUUCAACAACGAAUCUGAUAGAAUUAGUUUGUUUUUUUUUGUCUUAGACAUAGCUGUGCUGUGUUCUGUAUCGAUCUUCCUCACUUAAUAGUACAUCGGCUGUUAUUUAUAGCCCCACAGAUUUAGCAUUGAGAUUUUUUAUAUAUUAAGUUAUAUCUUAACAUAGUCUAGAAUUAUUUUACAUAGGAAAACAAUGUUCAUUCAUAUUCUGUCCACCUUUCCAUAUAUGUUUAUUUUUGUAAAGAAUAUAUGUAUGUAAAAAUUUAUAAUAUAUAUAUAUUUUAAAUUUGAAUGUAUGUAUAUAAUCUUGUUUAUAUAAGUAUGGUACAGCAUGAGUAUCUCGAAUAAAACAUAGAUGUAGGAGACAUUAAUAUAUGAAAUUGAAACUUGAAUCCAGUCAAAGUAAUUGAAAAAAAAUCAUCAAAUAACAGAUUCUACUCAAAUUAACAUACUUUAUUGACAAAAAAAUAUCAAAAUGUUCCCACCAACAUAAACAACACGACUACAACAGUACUGAUGUAAGAAAAUAAAGUAUUGAGAAAUUAACAAUUGAAUGUGAAUGGCAAAGCCAUAUCCUGUUGGAGCUUCCUUCAGAAUGUAUAUAAGUAUAAAGAUAAUUUGUCUUCUUAAACUAGGACUAGUGACUAUAGUAAAGGUUGUAAUUUGGCGCUGAGCUUAAAUAUAAUAGGUUUAUAAAAAUACUAUAGAAUAUUUAACAAUAUGGAUGUCCCAAUGAGGAACAUCGUGCUCGUCCCCAAGCAGAGGCAUACAUCUGUACACCUCAUAUAUAAUGAACUUUUUUACAGCUCUGAUUAAUUUACUUCUGUUCCGAGUCAUUCUCAUGUUAUAUAAACUGGGAUCAAAACUACAUUCAUAGUCGGCCUCCACAACACAAGUCUUACAUCGGGUCAGACUCCUUGUCACCCUCCUAAAAGUAAUGCAAUUUGAUAUAGCAAUAUGUUUUUGUUACCAUUAGGGCUACGUGUAAAAGUGCAUGUUGAUAUGACAUAGAAAUUUGUUGUACUUAGAAUUUGUGAAUUAAAUGUUUUAUAUACAUCUUA